AUGUUUUUCGGCAAUGGAGGAAUGUUCGGGGAAGAUUUCGGUGGUCGAGGUCCUUCCAAAAAUGCCGAUACGCAGAAGCUCUAUGACGUCUUGGGGGUGGGCAAAAAUGCUUCUACAGCGGAUAUCAAGAAGGCAUAUCGCAAGUUGGCGAUGCAGCAUCAUCCUGAUAAGGGCGGCGAUGAGGAGGAGUUCAAGCUGAUUACCAAGGCUUAUGAGAUUCUGAGCGACGAUGAGAAACGAAGAAGAUACGAUCAGUUUGGCGAGGAGGGUGUCGACUCUGAUGGUGGUAUGGCGCAUGCGACUGACAUUUUUGAUAUGAUGUUUGGUGGAGGCGGCAGAAGAGGAGGAGGAGGUCGUCGUAGAGGUGAUGACGUCCAGCACAUUUUGGAGGUGCCGUUGAAGCAACUGUACACUGGUGCUACUCGAAAGCUGAUGAUCAAUCGAGUGGUCGUCGAUAAGGACGUUCCGGUAACCACGUGUAACGCGUGUGAUGGUCAAGGGGCUACUGUGAAGGUCAUUAGGAUGGGCCCGAUGAUCCAACAGUUACAAUCACCGUGCCGACAGUGUCAAGGACAGGGCCGAAGCUUCAAAACUAAGCGUAACAAGGAAAUGGUGGAGGUGCACAUCGAGAAGGGCAUGAAGCACGGUCAGCGCAUACCCUUUCGCGGGAUGGCUGAUGAGAACAGUCCUGGUGUCGAGCCCGGCGACCUGAUUAUUGUCCUCAAGCAGAAGGAGGAUACUAGUGGCUUCACUAGGAAGGGCGACGAUCUGUUCAUGCGCCGUUCGGUGACGUUGUUGGAGGCACUGACGGGGUACACGACCGUUUUAACUCACUUAGAUGAUAGGAAGUUGAUCGUACGGUCUAAACCAGGGGAUAUCAUCAGGCCUAUCGAUAUGACUUCAGAGAAGCACUUUUUGAAGGCGGUGAAGGGCGAAGGAAUGCCGACUCACAGGAACCCGUUCGUGUAUGGGAACCUGUUUUUGAUUCUCGACAUUACCUUUCCGGAGAGCCUAUCGGAGGAAGCGAUGGGGAAGCUUAAGGAGAUUCUGCCGGCACCGAGGGACUCUCCUAGGAUUAGCAAGAAGAUGGAAAAGGAGUACGAGCAUCAUGAGCUGGUUGAUAUGGACCCUAGUGUGAGUGCUCGAAUGGGGGCACAGAGUAGUGGAGGGGAAGCGUACGAUGAAGAUGAGGAAGGACAUAGGGGUCCUAGUGUGGCAUGUGCCCAGCAAUAA